AAAAUAUUCGAAGCCGAUCGAGUUGUGAAAGGUCAUGUAGACUGAGUUUACGUUGUAGUUUGCCAGCUGGAGGUCUCAUUUGUGAGAUUUUUUUCUUACCGGACUGAUGAGCGUGAUCUCAUCUGAUAUAUAGUAUUUCCAACGUAGUAUUCUCUGGCUGCAAUUCGCCAUCCGUACGCGAAGUGAUUCCCGUUUUUUCACCCAGAACUAGAAAUGGCUACCAGACCUGUACACAAAAGGCCCGUUCCUGCCAUGGGUGCCAAUGCUAGAGCUCGGGCUUCGGCUGGCCCCGGUGUGGUAGCCGGGACAACGCGACCACCUCAGGCUAAUAUGACUGACCAGAGGGCGAAAUCGAUACUGAAGGAAGCUGUAGACGCAGUGGUGAACAGUUUUGCUAAACACACACAUGGAUAUGGACGAGUCAAUGUGGUAGAAGCUCUACAGGAGUUUUGGAAUAUGAAGGCUGCUAGGGGAGCUGAUUUAAAGAAUGGUUCUAUAGUAGUGUACGAGUCUGUGCAGUCUAACAGUCCCCCCUAUGUUUGUUUUGUUACACUACCAGGAGGAAGCUGCUUUGCUAGUUUUCAGAAUUGUCCAACCAAAGCUGAAGCUAGGAGGAGUGCCGCCAAAAUUGCUUUAAUGAAUUCGGUGUUCAAUGAGCAUCCUUCUCGCAAGAUAACAACAGAAUUCAUUGAGAAAGCAGUAGCUGAAGCAAAGAAUUCAUUCCAGGCCCAUGAUGAAGACCCAGACAAUCCCAAUACUGGCAUAGGAGCCUUCCGUUUUAUGCUGGAGUCCAAUAAGUCCAGAACCAUGCUGGAGUUUCAAGAACUGAUGACAGUUUUCCAGUUACUGCACUGGAACGGGAGCUUGAAGGCUAUGAGGGAAAGGCAGUGUUCUCGUCAGGAGGUGCUCGCGCAUUACUCGCACCGUGGAUUGGACGACGACAUGCGUAGUCAGAUGGCGCUGGACUGGAUAUCACGUGAGCAGGAAGUGCCCAGUAGUAUUGCAAAUGAAAUGGAGAUUUGUGAGCAAGAAAUUGAAAGUGCCCGAUUGGCUGGCAGGGAACUGAGAUUUACUAAAGAAAAGAAAGACAUUUUAGUGUUGGCAUUCAACCAGUUGGGGGCUGUGUAGCUGAUUAUUCCCAGAGAUAAAAAAAAGUGAAAAAAUGCCAUCAGUUACAGCGAAGGGUAAAUGACUUUACGUCAGAUUAGCAUCUUGCAUUUUAAAAGUUUUUCUACCUGUGUCUGUGUUUCUAUAAAAUAUGAUAAAUAUAUUGAUAGUAGCAUUGACUCCCAUCUGCGUUUGCUAGCAAUUUAAGUGAAAUGCAGAUAAAUUAUGAAUCACCUUAUAAUAAACUUGGUUUGUGCCUAGUCACAUGGUGGAUGGCGAAACAGCUCAUCACCAAUUGUGACUAAUUAUUCAAUCAUUGUGUUUUUGUUUCAUCGAUUUCGCGUGUUAUUCAAAGCACUGUUUUAUAUUCUCUCCAUUAAACCAAAUCAGAGUACAAAUUAUAAGUGGAAUGAAUUUUUUUUUUUAAUAAGAAAACUGCCACUUUUCUGAUUUUUAAUUUGAUUAGUUUAUUUUUAAAUCAUACCUGUCCUAAAGAUGCAAUAAUGGACCAUUUGUUGAUACAUUCGUUGAAGGGUUGUGGUAGUUGCACCGCGUCCUGUUCAAUAUGGUACUCAUAGCAACGUAAACAUGUGUAAAAUGCAUUGUGCAUGUUCAUACUGGCGUUGCACGACGCCCCCCUCCCAACCAUGAUUUAUUUAUCCCCAAUGUUUAGCAGUGAACAAAGUUUAUUUUUUUAGUGGAAUCAGUGAAAUGUAAUUGUUGUUGCUUUUACUUGUACUAAAAUAAUAAAUGUGGUAACAGUCUGACAGGCAGUCAGUUUAGAAUGCCAUAAUAAGUAAAAUAUAAAGUAUGUUUCUUCUUGAUCAAAGUCAUGAUAUCACAGAAUUGAUGACAUAGUAAACAUUCAUUAUACGUAUAGUAAAUGUAACUGAGUUGUUUACAUGUAUAGCAUAUUUUUAUGAGGAUUUCAUUAUAGACAAUAUGAAAAAAUAUUGCUCAUCUGUCCAUAUUGCAUUUUUAAGCCAUGUAUGCCUUAUGCAUUUGUUUUUAAAACAAAUUUUUUUUACUGACAUUGCAUGCAGGAAAGGUUCCUUCUACUUUAAAAUUGAGUAUUUUGUUUGUUCAUUCCAGUCGUCUUAUUUAUUGCUUCAUUUCAUGCAUUGUGUUGACAGUAGUGCUACAAAAUGGAUAUGCUUGUCUGGGCUUCUGUUAUUUUUUGAUGCAUAUUAAUCCACAUUGGUUGAACUCAGCUCAGCAACCAUUUUUUUUCACCUAAAACCAUGCAUAUUUUCUUCCUGUGUGUGUACUUUUAAUUCAACAAAAUCAUUGCCCUGUGCAGAGUCCUGCCUGGGCAUUGAUUCGGAACACAACUAUACUAUAUUAAAUAUGAGUAACUUGGCUAUGAUUGUAUUUGAGAGUGUUGUAAGCUUUUUAGAAAUUAAGUAGUUUCCCCCUGUAAUGUGCUUUCAGGUUAAGUUGAUGGAGCACAGCUUUGUCAGUGAUGUGCUCACAUUGACUCAAGAAUGUAUCAGAUAUCCAAACAGUCAGGAUUGAUAGUGAGUAAAUCAUUAAAUAGGUACAAAAUAUCCUUUCCUGGAGAUGUAUUAAAAGUUUACAAGAACAGGUUGUCAAACUUGUUUCCAUGGCUACAGGGAGUUUGUCACCCACCCCCACCCAAUAGUGUAAAACUUGUGUAAAACUGAAUUUAAGAUCAAUUGGCAGGAUUGUAGUAAGCAGACAUGAAUUUUUACUUCCUGAUAAUUUUAUUUUGGGUUGAUUGUCGUCAUACAGGAAUAAAAUAUGUGCUAUUCCAAUGUACAGGAUUUGUUUACACAUAGUUGAGUGUAGUGAAUACCUUGACAGGAAUGAAAAAAUAACCUAAAGCAAAUAAGAGUAACAUUUUUAUUAUUUCCUCAUGGUGAACAGUGAUUGGUUACAGUUAAUUUUCAUUUUAAUUUUUUUUUUUAUUUCAUUUGGUAUUCUAGAUACCAGAAGAAUGACUUAUUCACAAAUCAUGACUGCAAUGCAAAUUGUAUAAUUUUUCCUUUUUUUUAACUGGCAUAGUUUAAUGUAUAUUUGAUCUACGUGCAAUAUUGAUAUGUGCAGAAUGGAAAUUGUUUGCUUUGAUAUGGUAGUGACAUUCAGCUUAUAGAGGGUUGCUAUUUAAUAAUAUUUUGUUUUAUAAUUUAUGUACAGAAAUGUAUUAUGAGCAAUUGGAACUAUCGAUAAUAAGUUUUAUGAGUUUGAUAUUUAUGUCACCCUCUAUUGGUAAGAAAGUGUUUUGCUUUCGUUUUUUUGUUGCAAAUUUUGCAAUGUACGAGUUUGCAUGGUAAAGCUGCAUGUUUUUUUUUAGAAAUUAUUGGCACCUUGUAUGUAUGUUAAUUGCUACUUGACUAAAUGCAGUUUGGUGUCUCAUUGAGUGUGCAACACUUACUUAGAAAUCGUCAGCACUGAAAAUUGAAUUCAGCAAUGAGAACAAGCUGCAUAACUGAGCAUUAAAGCAAAAGUUUUUUUUUUUCUUAACACAAUAAACAUAAUCAACAAUUCAGUAGAUAUUGUGUAGUAUUAUGGGAAAAUAACUUUUUAAUAUCACACCCUAAAAUCAAUUACCAAAACAACAGACUUUAUAUUUUUUCUUCCUUUGGUUGAUAUGAAACUAAUGUUGAAAAUAAUGUUUGUGGGUUUUUCUCAAACUAAAGCUUUACCAUAUAUUUUUAGAUCUAUCAAAUAAAAUGUUGAUAUCUCU